CAAUAAUCUUGGUUGGGAUUAUUGGGGGUUCCAAUAAUUGGGAGCCCAACCAAUUUGGGAACCCAACAAGGUUGGGAACCCAACCCCCAACUUGGGUGUAUACACCCUAGUGGGGUGCUUAUAAGUUCCUAAGACAAUGAAACGAUGUAGGCUAAUAGAAUGAAGGGAGAAUAGUCUAACACAACCCCUUAGCCUACAGAGUGCCAUAAGUCUUGGGAAGGGGAGGAGAAGCAACCCCUGAAUCAGGUAGUCCCCUGUGAGGGAGGGGCAAGACCCAGAAGGCGAAGGAGAGCCGCAUGGGGACGACGAGGGAGGGCCUUGGUGAAGAUGUCGGCAAGGUUGGCUGAAGAGUCAAUCUUGCGCACGGUGAGGUGUCCAGCCUGGACGAGCUCACGAACGAAGUAGUGUCGGAGCUCGAUGUGUUUGGAGCGACCAUGGAAAACGGCUUCCUUUGUGAGGUGGAUAGUACUGGCAUUGUCGCACCAGAUGGUGGGACAGGGCUGGGGAGCAUCCAGCUCAGCGAGGAGGAAGCUGAGCCACCGCGCCUCCUGGGCCGCCAUGGUGAUGGCGUAGAGCUCUGCUUCGCAGAAGGAGAGAGCGAUCGAGGAGGAGCGGGUGGAGCGCCAGGAAAUGAGGCCGCUCCCGAGGGAGAAACCAUACCCCUGUGAGCUGCGACGAUCGGGCUGAGAAUCUGCCCAAGAGGAGUCGCUGUAGCCAGUGAGCUGAGGAGGGGUGGGGCCGCCCAAGGUGAGGACAUAGUCCUUGGUGCCUUUGAUGUAGCGGAGAACGCGCUUGGCCGCUUGCCAGUGCUCGGGAGUGUGUUUGCCAGCGCCGACAAAGCGCGCCAGGACACUGAUAGGGUAGGCGAGGUCGGGGCGAGUGCACAUCAUGGCGUACAUCAGGGACCCGACCAGCUCAGCCGGCAAGAAGCAUGUCGUCGACGUAGACGAGGAUGUAGAAGGGGGAGGGGGAGGUGCGCAGGAAGAGGCAGGAGGAAGCCUGGGAAGGGCGAAAACCAAGAGCACGGAGAGUGCUCGAGAGCUUGGCAUGCCAUUCCCGAGGAGCUUGCUUGAGGCCGUAGACCGGGCGGCGAAGUUCCCAAACGGUGUUGGGAGGGAAAGGGAGGUGCCAGCCCUCGGGACGCUCCAUGAAGAUGCGCUCAUGGAGUUCACCUUGGAGAAAUGCCGUGGUGACAUCCAUCGAGUGCAGGAGCAUGCCGCGCCGGCCAACGAAGUCCAAGAACACGCGGACGACAGGGGGAGUGGCGGUCGGCGAGUACGUGUCAAGGAAGUCAUGGCCGUACCGCUGCGUAAAUCCUUUGGCGCAGUAGCGGGCCUUAUAGACCGGGUCGUCGCCAGGGAGGAGCUUGACCCGAAAUACCCAUUUGCCUUUGACCACGACUGCCUUGCCCCAAUGAGGGUGGUCGGGGCAUGUCAUAGCUUCGUGAUAAUCUCCCGGCUCGAAGAUGAUGGGCGCACCGGAGAAGACCAGUACCGGAGCGCCGGUCAUGCUGAAGGCGACUGCUUGGGUGUUGGAGAAGAGGUGGAGGCGAAGAAAUUCACCAUGGGAGUCUUCGAUGAGGAGGGGAGAGAAAGGAGGAGGAAGGGAGGGUGGUGUUGCAAGGAGGGUGUAAGUGUGGUGAAUACCAUGGGUGGAGAAAUAGGAAGAGAGAUGGUGAUUGAGGAAUUCACCGCCGCCAUCGGAAUGGAAGCGGCGAACGGGACGACCGAAGUGGGUGCGCGCCUGCUCGGCCCAGGCGAUGAUAAAGGCCGAUGCUUCGGCCUUCGUGCGAAGGAGGGAGACCGAGGUGUAUCGUGAGCGGUCAUCGACUAGGACGAGGAGUCGCAGUGGGUGGCGUGGCCGGGGUAGAUUGUUGUGACCCCGGCCCGUUGAAGUGCACCUUGGGAGACGAGGUUAGUGCGAAGGGAGGGGACAUGGAAGCCAGAGGGGUGGGGUGAGACACGGAGUACUGGAAGGAGGUUUCAUUAAUAGACUCGGGAUACAUUGGAGGAAUAGCAGGAGAGGCAUGGCUAACAUGGUUGAUGAAGCCAGGUGAGGGAAAUGGGGUAAAGCCAGGAGGUCCGGUGGGGGCCUGCGCAGGAGGAGCAGGAGCAGACAGGCCAGAGCUCCAGG